CUACGGUUCUAUGGAUGUCCUUGGCAGCCUUUGAAGACACACAAACACAAACACACAACAAGCCACCCCUCCUCUCCUGGCCAGCCUUUGGACUUUGUGGGCGGGUGAGCGGUGGCCAGGGACGACGAGCCCAGCCUCCUCCUGCUCCUGCUCCUUCUGCUGCUGCUGAGCCCAGUCGCCCUCCUCCUGGCCAGCCAUGCCUUCUCCUCCUGCCUCCCCUCCCGGCCCUGCGGCGCUGCGGGUGUCCCCCGGGGGCCUGUGCCUGAUGGACGAGGCGGUGUCGGUGUCGGUGUCCGGCCUGGCGCCCUUCUCGGAGGUGGCGGUGCGGGCCUCGCUGGAGGACGAGGGCGGGGUGCUCUUCCAGUCCUGGGCCUGGUUCCGGGCGGGGGCCCGAGGGGAGCUGGAGCUGGGCCGGGCGCCCUCCCUCGGGGGCAGCUAUCUGGGCCGGGAGGCCAUGGGGCUGCUCUGGGCCCUGCGCCCGCCCCCCGAGCAGCCCCGCCGCCGCCUGGCCAAGAGGGACGUGGGCAGACCCUUCGGGGUGGCCUUCGAGGUCUUCCAGGGCAGAGAGCCCCGAGGGACCCCCCUCUGCAGGGCCCUCAGCCCCAGGGGCUUCAUGGCCCCCGGGCUCCGCAGGCUCCCCGUCCGGGAAGGAAGGCUCCGCGCCACCCUCUUCCUGCCCCCCGGCCCUGGACCAUUCCCGGGACUACUGGACUUGUAUGGAUCUGGAGGGGGCCUUGUGGAAUACAGAGCAAGCCUUCUGGCCAGUCGAGGUUAUGUGACUCUGGCUCUGGCUUACUUAGCCUUUGAAGAUUUGCCAUCUUUCCCAGAUGUCAUAGAACUGGACUAUUUUGGUGAGGCAGUAGAAUUUUUGAAGAAACAAGAGCAGGUGCAGUCUACAAGGAUUGGAGUCAUCGGACUGUCUAAAGGUGCAGACAUUGCCCUUGCUUUGGCUACAUUUUGGCCAGGCAUCCAAGCAGCUGUCAGUAUUUCUGGCUCAGGUGUUAAUUCGUUUAUUCCUCUGAAAGUUAAAGACCUCACUAUUCCUCCUCACCCCUUUGAUCUGAGUAAGAGUAAGGUCACUGGUGAUUCUGAACUUGUGGAUUACUCAGAAAUCUUGGAUGAUCCCAGAGAUCCAGCAACUUGGCAAUGCCGGAUCCCUGUUGAGAAGUCCUUAAGCAAGUUCCUUUUCCUCUCUGGAGAGGACGACAGAAAUUGGCCAAGUCAGCAGUUUUGCCGGGAAGCUGUCCGCCGCCUUCAAGAGAGCGGACGUCACGUGGAGUUCUAUUGCUAUCCUGGAGCAGGGCACCUCUUGGAGCCACCCUAUUUACCCUUGUGCACUGCUUCAUUUCACAAGAUAUUCGGGGUUUUUGUGCUCUGGGGAGGAAAGCUGAAAGAACAUGCAAAGGCCCAGGAGGAUGCCUGGCAAAGGAUACUGGCCUUUUUCAAGCAGCAUUUGCAGGACCCUCCUGUAAAAUGUAAUUUAUAGGCUGCUGUUUUGUAUGAAUGUAAAUGUUAUUAAUCUAAUACUGUACACUCUCUUGAGAUGUUAGGUAGAGUUGGUAGAAUUAAAAAGCUAAGGUCAUAGAAUCAUAGAGUUGGAACUGACCGCAAGGGCCAUCCAGUCCAAUCCCCUGCCAUGAAGGAAAUCUAAAUCAAAGCAUCCCCGACAGAUGGCUAUCCAGCCUCUGCUUAAAAACC